UUUCCGACCUCAGUGUCAAAAACUCAAAAUAUAUUUUCAUACGUCUGUGUUCAUGUUUUUAAUUCUUGUAAACUAAAAGUUGUAUCGAAAAUUACAAUAAAUGUACACGACACAUUACGAAUGAAUAAAAAUGAGCGUUAAAAAAGGAAAAGGUCCUAUCUUCGAUCCAGGUGUGUGCCGAUGUUGCGGUACGAUAAAAAAAUGCCGUUUAUUAAAUGUUGAAUACGAUAGUUUGGGCCAGAAAGAAAUCUAUUCGGACAUGAUGAUGGACUGUUACGGUCUUCUUUUAUCCCACCUAGAUGGAAAGUUAUCAGAAAAGCUAGUAUGUGCGACCUGUGUGCAACGUUUACGCGAGGCUCUGGCAUUCAAGAUGCAGGUGUUGAAAUGUGAGGCAGCCUUCUUGCAGGUGAAGAUGUAUGAAAAUGAUCAUAAAGAGACUGAUGAACAGUUGGCAACGGAUAAUAGAAUAGAGGUGGAGGUUAAAGUGGAGCCGCAGGAUGUAUUGGAAGACGUGCUUGAGGAUGAGCACGGGGGUGCACACGAUGACGGUCACCCUGAUGACCUGCCCGAAGCCUCACCAAUCAGGGACACACUCGAAGAUGUCAAUCAUACAAACUGUGAAACGAAGCCCGCAGUGGCUGCGUACGACUCGAACGAUGACAUCCCGCUACAGGUUCUCCUAACGGAGCGGCCCAAGAGGCUCCGGCCAGACAACGCCCUCCCACCGCGGACACUCAUUGAGAAACCAAAGAUCCCGAUGUCGAAGCUGCAGCAACGUAUGCGAGAGAGAGACCCGACUUACAUAACAGAGACAAACAUACUCACCAUAGUUGAGUUCUCCUACGUAUGCCCCUUCAAGUGCCGUCACAACCACCUCCUAUGCUUCUACUGCGGGGAGAACUUCUCGGACCCUCAACUGUUGAGGGACCACACAUUGAAGGCCCACCACCCGAAGAAGUUCAAAGUGACCGACCAUAAGAACAUGUUGAAACUUGACCUGACACGGAUAGACUGCAGACUCUGUGCCAGCACAAUAAACAAUCUGGAAGACUUCAAGAAGCAUAUCACCAGUGUGCACAAGAAGAAAUACUAUUUCAACAACAGAGAUUUGAUACUGCCGUUCCGUUUAACGAAAGACUACUUCCAGUGCACGAUGUGUGAUCUAGUGUUCGCUUAUUUCCACGCACUUAACAAACAUAUGAACGAGCAUUAUAGUAACUUUGUUUGUGAAACGUGCGGGCUAGGGUUCCUGGACCGCAGCAGGUUUUUUAUGCAUCAACAGAGACACGAGAAAGGUGACUUUCCUUGUGAGGUGUGCGGGAAGGUGUUCAAGGCUCAAUACAACAAAGAAUUGCACGUUGACAGAGUCCAUAAAAAGAGAGGCCGGGUGUACUGCCCGAAGUGCGACGUGCGGCUGAUGACGUACCCGCAGAAGCUCAAACACCUGGUCGAGGUGCACGGGGAGGCGCCCAUGUCGUUCCCGUGCAAUCUGUGCGAGAAGGUGUGCGAGACGCGACGAAAGCUCACCAUCCACCGACGGAAGGAGCAUUUGAAGGAUUACAGAUACGAAUGCCAGUGUUGCGGCCAGAAGUUCUUCACCCGGUUCGCGCUCACCAAUCACAUGCCGACGCACACCGGCGAGCGGAACUACAAGUGCAAGGUGUGCGAGAAGACCUACCCGCGCCUGAAGACACUAAAAGAUCACCUCCGGAUACACACCAACGACCGACGGUACCGCUGCCACAUCUGCGGGCAGGCCUUCAUACAAAACUGCAGUCUGAAGGGCCAUAUGAAAACGCAGCAUCCCGAAUAUAGCUAAUUUUAAUAUAAUAAAUGUGUGUGAUUUUU